UUAUAAGAACCUUUUAUAUCUAGACUGAGCCUUCCUGUUGCUCGAGCUUCAGAGCGAGGAAGCGGCGGCGGCGAGGUGUGGGAGAGUCUUCAUUAGCGAGAUCGAUGGGCGGCUUUAGGUUUCAUCAGUUUCAGGUUGUGGGUCGGGCACUCCCGACGCCAUCUGAGGAGCAUCCGAAGAUCUUUCGCAUGAAGCUGUGGGCGACCAACGAGGUCAGGGCCAAGUCGAAGUUCUGGUAUUUUUUGAGAAAGCUGAAGAAGGUCAAGAAAAGCAAUGGCCAAGUUCUUGCCAUCAAUGAGAUAUUUGAAAGGUACCCAACAAAAAUCAAGAACUAUGGCAUCUGGCUGAGGUACCAGAGCAGAACUGGGUACCACAACAUGUACAAGGAAUACAGGGACACCACACUCAACGGUGCCGUCGAACAAAUGUACAACGAGAUGGCAUCCCGUCACCGUGUUAGGUUUCCUUGCAUCCAGAUUAUCAAGACAGCCACCAUCCCCGCGAAGCUGUGCAAACGCGAAAACACCAAGCAGUUCCAUGACUCAAAGAUCAAGUUCCCACUUGUCUACAGGAAGGUCAGGCCUCCAACAAGAAAACUCAAGACCACUUUCAAGGCUUCCCGACCAAAUCUCUUCAUGUAGAAGAGACUAUUAUAAGUCCUCAAGACUCUUCAGAUUUAUUCUUGCCCCCAGGCUCAGAUGGUUUUGAAGUUUUCUGUUUCUUCUGCAAUUUUGCUUUGUUGGGAGUUAUUUUCAUUGUAGAACCUUGCAAGCUAAUACUGUUGUGAUGUUUUCUUUUAUCUAUGCAUGAGUUGGAUUAUCUUUAUGAUGCUGACAUUGCUACUAAAAAACAACCCUAUGAACCAUUUUAUAA